AUGGCCGAGAAAUUCUGUACCGGCCUGAGGUACGAGAUAAGGAUGACUCUGGCCAGUCAUGAAGGACUAUCCUACACUGAAGCUCUAGGACGAGCACUGGACAUUGAGGCAGCUAUGCCGGGAGAGAAAACCGGGUCAGCUGUGAAUCAUGCUCCACCUCCGGCACAGUCCCAAGCAUCCAUGGACAAGAGGAAAUGGGAAGGACCGCAGGCCCAAUCUGAGCCUAAGCGGGGAGGAUAUGGACCAAGCAAGACACAAGGUGGCGGAUAUCAAACUACCCCUGGAUCAUUCAAGGGGAAUACCCCAAAGUCCAACUUAUGCCCCAAAUGCAACAGACUGCACAGCGGCAUCUGCAAGUCAGGGCUUGAUGGUUGCUUCAACUGCGGGAAGACUGGGCACUUUGCCAAAUACUGCCCAAACAAGACUUCAGGGACGGGAGCAAAAUCUCACCCGUCAGCUCAGCACCCACAACUGCGCGCAAUGAAUGUUCAACCUGGAGCAAAUCCACGGCAGGCACCGAGGAAUCAGCAGCAGAGGCCAAAACUCCCAUCACAGGCUCGAGCUUAUGCAAUGAGGCAGAAGCAGCCAGAGGUGAACCAGGGAAACUUGGCAGGCAUGGGUAAGCUCUUCGAUACCCCUGUUAUGCUUCUGUUUGAUACUGGUGCUUCGCAUUCGUUUAUCUCUGCAAAUUGCGUGACUACUUUGAAACUCGCUACUAAGGAGUCAGAACAUAGAAUGGAAAUAGUUUCCCCAGUAGGAGGUUGUAUAGAGAUUUCUCGUACUUGCUCGAACUUAGAAAUCACUCUGGACGAACUUAAGAUUGUAGCGAACAACUUGAGUGUUAUGAUCAUGUGGGAUGUGGACAUAAUACUAGGAAUGGACUGGCUGGCUGAAAACCAUGCCACGAUCCUUUGCAAAGAAAGGCAAAUUUCUUUUGGAAACCCCGAAGGUGAAGCUACCCGCUUCCACGGAAUUUCUUUAGGAAUGCGAAAAUUUGUAAUCUCGAUGUUGCAAGCCAACAAGCUGAUGGGGAAAGGAUGCCCCGCAUACCUUGUCUACUUGAACAAAGAGGAGAAAGACGAAAGGAAAUUGGAAGAGGUCGACAUUGCUCGUGAUUUUCCGGAUGUGUUUCCUGACACACUACCGGGUUUGCCGCCAGACAGGCAAGUGGAGUUCACUAUAGAUCUAGAACCAGGAUCUGCUCCAGUAUCAAAGGCACCAUACCGAAUGGCCCCAAAGGAACUAGAUGAACUGAAGGUACAGCUGCAAGAACUCCUGGACCUGGGAUUCAUCAGACCUAGCGUCUCGCCAUGGGGAGCACCUGUACUGUUCGUCAAGAAGAAAGACGGGACCAUGAGGAUGUGUGUGGACUACCGAGAGCUUAACAAGCUGAUUCUCAAGAACAAAUAUCCCUUACCCAGGAUCGACGAUUUGUUUGACCAGCUCAAAGGAGCUAGCGUAUUUUCUAAGAUGGAUCUGAAGUCGGGAUACCACCAGCUGAAGAUUAAACCAGCGGUGUGCCCAAGACGGCCUUUCGAACCAGAUAUGGUCACUAUGAGUUUACGGUGGUGCCGUUUGGACUAA